AUGCGGGCCUUCUUCCGCCACCUGCCCCUGGGCGAGGCGCCCCCUGCGCCAACAAACAAGAGCCACCAAGUUAAGCGCCGACACAAGGACAAGAUGGCCCAGUUGGAGCAGGUCUUGAACGAGGUCCGUCGUGGCGUGAGGCAGAAUUCGGACCAGCUCAAGGCGGGCGAUGUGCAGAUCGUCGAGCCAGAGGAGCUGUCACAAGGUCAGGGAGACAAGAAAUGAAUGCGAUAUGUGACAGGCAGGUUACUGAAUGGUUGGACGUGUAUAGUACUCUGUCCAUGUGUCUGUGUGACAGGUGCUGGUGGUGCCAUGAAUUGGGUGGAGUUGUCGCCUGCGCCGACCGUGGGGCAGCAGCGAAUGUCCCUGCCCUCCAACGCUCAGCAGCAGCGAGAGCCGUCGGCCCCCCGCCUCACAGGAGGGGUGGUUCCUCCGCGAGUCCGCUGGCCACCCCGAGUGGCUGUAUGAGCGGCACUUCGCCGGCCCCGUGAGGCAGGAAGCCCACAAGAUGCGCACGGCCGCCAACUCUCACAUGGCCAUGGCGGUCAGCGAUCUGCAGAGGGUGGCAACGGAGGGGAGCGCCAUGCAGAUAAUAUAUGGCUGCUGAGGGCGGUGGAGAAGCGGCUCCGGUGGGAGGAGGAGAGAGGGGCCGGAGGCGACGAGGAGGCCAAGAAGGACCUGGCCAUGGCACAGGCCCUGAUAAGGUGGGGGAUGGACCCGUGUGAGGAGGAGAGGGAAGUCACAGACGCCAUCAUCAAGUGAGAAGAAACACACACGGCUUGCAUCGGCUCUUUGCGCGCUGUCCAUACCAAAGAUGUGUCUGUUUGCGCGUUGUCCGCUGUUCCCUCGCAGGCGUUGCCGGGCAUUCGUGUAA